AAUUCGGUCACUGCAUCAUGAUGCUGCGGCGUUGGCGGCAACAUGCUCAACGCCAUGCAAAUUUGCGGCGUGCGGGAGCAAGCACCGCAUCAUUCGCAGACAGAUCCACACCUGCUCCAUACCCAUGCCAUGAAUCCUCUCGUGCCAAGAACAAUUUCGUGUCGUUGCAGGAUCUCCUAGCGAGCAACCCCCAACGCAACUACGAGCUUGCGUUCAACUGGGAGCGUGCGUUGCAGUGGUGGCCACAAGCUGCGUGGAAGGAUGCGUUGCGACUGUCGUCCAAGUCGGAACAUGCUCGCUUGGCGGCACUGCUGCAGCAAAGCGGGCCAUCGAACCACUACUACCUCCUCCGGAGACACCCUGAACUUGCCGUCGACGUGCUCAAGCUCGUCGUGAACUCAACCGACGCGUUUGCGUACGUAAAUCCGCUUCAUCGUGACAUGGACAUCAUCAAGGUACUUCGUCAAAUGGCCCUCGCCAUCGGCGACGAUAACAUGCUGCAUGCCGCCAAGACCGUGAUCCACCAGCGAUGCCUCUCGAAGGAGUCUGCGCGGUGCACGCCGUGUCUGUAUCGCAGCUUGUGCGCAGCGACAGAUACCACGAGUGCCCCACAGCUACGGGAAAUCCUCCGCCACCUCAUUCAUCACCGCCUUGUCCCCGAGAUAUUGACCUUGCUGGAGUUUGCCACGGAACAGCGCAUUCCGAUCGAUGUGUGGCGCCGCAUCUUCAACAUGUUUAUCCACGCUUCGUUCGAGGCACCCGAGGCGCCAACCGAAAUAACGAGUGGCGACGAAGGCGAUGCUGGCGUUCGUUUCCGCGUUGUUCAAGACGUUGCUCUGCAAUUCAUGGCCCAUGUCGAAGCUAGACCGAUCCGCAUCUCGGAGGGGAUUGCGGCGUCGGUUAUCCGCGCCGCAGUGCAUCACGGCGAAGCCGACACUGCACUCACAUGCUACGACUGGUUUCGCCAGCGCCAAGUCCCCCUGUGCAACAUCGCCGUCGGCCACCUCAUGCAACUGCUGCGGCCCGGCCAGCACCACGCCAGCAUGCAGCGGUUCCAGCAAAUUUAUGACGAGACCGUCGCGGCGCGAGGCGUGUCUUCCCUGAGUGCCGAAUGCCUGGCGAUGACAAUCAAUGCCGCCGCGCACGAUAUCCGUUUCCUUCGCCGCGUCGUUGGCGACCUCGUGGCUCCCGACGCUGGAAAGUGCCACCUCGACGUUGGCAUGUGCAAUGUCGCUCUAAAAGGGCUUGUCAACGGCCCCGACUGCGAACCAAAUCAAGAUUUCCCGUUGGCGCAAGCGCUGGGACACCUCAUGCACCGCAGUGGCAUCGUCGCCAACCGAGGCAGCUUAGUCGCGCUGCUGCGCGCGAGCGACGACAAGUUGGCCGUGCUCCAAGUCAACAACGCCGCCGAGGCCAUUGCUCGGACCGUGCCGCGAAAACACAAGCACGUCAACGUUGAAGUCGACACUCUCUCGUAUGCAGCGCACGUCGCCAUCGUGGAUUUGAUCAAGAGCGGCGACGUGCGCACUGCAAGCGACGUCAGGGAUGCAGUGCUCGCCUCUUCUUCUGGCCCCGCCGCGUUUUCACCCGCCUUGUGGCAGACCAUGGUGCUGAGCUUGAUGCAUCACAAAGGUAGCUUUGACUUUGCCAUCGAUUGGAUGCGAGUCGCGGAAGCCCAUGUCCAGUCAACGCACGUGCCUCUCUUCGCCGACUAUGUCUUCUCGACGUGGUUCACCUUGGCGAUGAAACAUCGCAAGCUAGUCGCCAACACGGACGACGCUCCAUUUGUGCUCGCCCAGUGGCGGCGCCAACUCCCGACCUCGAUCAGACAAGACGAUGUCAAGCGCUUCGACUUGGCUAUUACGACCUGCUGCCAUGCCAACGAUAUCGCGACUGCGACAGAUCUGUGGCAUGAUAUGGUGGCGGCGUUUGGCGCGCCGUCGGCAAAUGCUGCCUCGGCCAUGCUCCAAGCCAUGGACCGCUUGAACAAAGACUUUGAACCGUUCUUUUACUCGGAACUGUACUCGGGUGAAGUCAACUCGCGGCACAUGCCGCCCAUGUCGGUGCUGCAGGCGGCCUUGUUCGCAGCGAGCCACCGAAAGAAGCACAAGAUGGUGCGGGAUGUUAUCGACUUGCUCAUGAAGAUUCCGCCGUCCCAGUGGAACGCCGCCGUGUAUCGAAAUGCACUGUAUUGUUGCGCUGAGAGCUCCGUGGGCGAGCUGGUCGAAAUCGGGCUAGAGCUAAUCGAGUGGUUUAUAACGGAACGACUGCCGUUUGACCCGGACGAGUACAGCCUCUUCGACUCGCUGCGCAUUGCCAAGCAGUCGCCACCAGACGACCAGUAUGCCAUCUUGCAUGCGUAUUCAGAACGCAACCGAUGGCCGAAUUUGAUGGCGUACACGAUGAUGAUGGAAGCGCAUUUGCAAGCGAAAGCGCCGUCGUCGUACGGCAACAUGGUAGUCGACAUGAUGGCUGCGCAGCAGAUCCCGAUGGAUCUCAAGUUUGCCACCGUGUACGCCUUGCUCCUGCUCCAAAACCACAACCACGUCAAGCUUCUCGACCUCAUUCGCACCAUGGUGCACGACGCCAACGUCCCGCCCGACGAGUACUUUUUCCAUGCCCUCCUGACGACCGUCGCAGACCAGUCAGACAUCGACGGAUGCUUCGAGUUGGUGGCAUCCAUCACAUCCAUCGGGCAUUUCGAAGCUCUGUACAUGGCGCUCAUUCACGUCGGGCUGGCCAAAGGUGUCCUCGAACGUGUGUGCAACGUCGUCGUGCAAAUGGAGUGCGAGGGGUUUGCCAUUUCGUCGACCGCGCUGGUCAAGGUCAUCGACGCUGUGCGUUCGAAUCGCGAGAUGGAAAAGGUGGUGUCGAUCGUGGCGCAGUUGGUGGGCGGAGGGCCACGAACUAUUCCAUUCGAUGCGACGGUGUUUGCCGCAUUGUGGACCCAACUCGCGCGGUUUCAAUGCGCCAACAAGGUCUCGUUGAAGUAUUUACACCAGCACGCCGCCGCCCACGGCUUUGAUCGCCCUGUGGCGUUGCCGUAACGAGCCCCAUCUUGUUCAGGGUCCACUUCGCCCCGACCGCCGCUCCAUCGAGUGCCCGUCCGCGCAUUCGAAGCAGCACCGAAUGCCCAUGUAACUUAAUCCUCCACUCGUUCUCGACGCA